AAACCAUCAGUAGUUACUACACCUCAACCUACAGUUACAACAGGACAACCAUCAGUUGUUACCACUGCUCGACCACUAAUAACUACUGGCCAACCACCAGUUGUAACAACAGGCCAACCGUCUUUAGUCACGACAGCUGAACCAACAGGUCAACCAUCAGUUGCAACAACAGGCCAACCAUCAGUUGUUACUACAGCUCAACCACCUAUAACUACUGGCCAACCAUCAGUUGUGACAACAGGCAAACCAUCUGUAGUUACUACAGGUAUAACAACAGGCCAACCAUCAGUUGUAACAACAGGCCAACCAUCUGGUGUAACUACUGGUCAACCUACAGUUACAACAGGUCAACCAACAGUUACAACAGGUCAACCAUCAGUUGUUACUACAGCUCAACCACCAAUAACUACUGGCCAGCCAUCAGUUGUAACAACAGGUCCACCAUCUGUAAUUACUACAGUUCAUCCAACAGGUAUAACAACAACAGGCCAAGCAUCAGUUGUAACUACUUCUCAACCACCAAUAGCUACCAGCCAUCCAUCAGUUGUAACAACAGGCCAGCCAUCUGGUGUAAUUACAACAGGUCAACCAUCAGUUGUUACAACAGCUCAAUCACCAAUAACUACUGGCCAGCCAGCAGUUGUGACAACAGGCCAACCAUCUGUAGUUACUACAGUUCAACCAAAAGGCAUAACGACAGGUCAACCAUCAGUUGUAACUACUGUUCAACCACCAAUAACUACUGGCCAGCCAUCAGUUAUAACAACAGGCUCACCAUCAGUUGUUACUACAGCUCAACCUACAGUUACAACAGGUCAACCAUCAGUUGUAACCACAGGUCAACCAUCAGUUUUUACUACAGCUGAACCAACAGGUAUAACAACAACAGGCCAAACAUCUGUGGCAACUACUGCUCAACCACCAAUAACGACUGGCCAACCAUCAGUUGUAACAACAGGUCAACCAUCUAUAGUUACUACUGCUCAACCAACAGGCAUAACGACAGGUCAACCAUCAGUUGUAACUACUGCUCAAACAUCAAUAACUACUGGCCAACCACAGGUUGUAACAACAGGCAAACCAUCAGUAGUUACUACACCUCAACCUACAGUUACAACAGGACAGCCAUCAGUUGUUACUACUGCUCAACCACCAAUAACUACUGGCCAACCACCAGUUGCAACAACAGGCCAGCCGUCUUUAGUCACAACAGCUGAACCAACAGGUAUAACAACAGGUCAACCAUCAGUUGCAACAACAGGCCAACCAUCAGUUGUUACUACAGCUCAACCACCUAUAACUACUGGCCAACCAUCAGUUGUAACAACAGGUCAACCAUCUAUAGUUACUACUGCUCAACCAACAGGCAUAAUGACAGGUCAACCAUCAGUUGUAACUACUGCUCAAACAUCAAUAACUACUG